AUGAGAGACCCCUUUAAAAAACCAGAGAAGAUAUUAAUGCAGCAGGUCAGCAAGAAGGGCAUAUCCCCCGCCAUGCCAAUGGAAUCAGUGACCUUCAAGGAUAUAGCUGUUGACUUCACUCAGGAAGAGUGGGCCCUGCUGGGCACACCCCAGAGAAAGCUGUACAGAGAUGUGGUGCUGGAGAACAUCAGUGACCUGGUCUCUGUGGGGUAUCGGAUCUGCAGCUCAGGUGUGACUUUCCAGCUGGAUCAAGGACAGCUGAGGAGUGAAGGGACUGGGUUUCUCCAAGGCCAGAUUGCAGACAUGAGAGAUCCCCUUAAAAAACCAGAGAUGAUAUUAAUGCAGCAGGUCGGCAAGAAGGGCAUAUCCUCCACCAUGCCAAUGCGGGAAUCUCACACUCCAGAGGAUCCUAUUGAAUGUGCUGAUUUGAGUGAUGAAUUUACUCAUAGAUCAGCUGUGAGUCAACAUUCUUUAAUUGAGAGAGGAAAGAAAUCUUAUGUCAGCCAACAGUGUGGAAAGUCACCUAGAGAAGAGUCAUGCCUUAGUAGACACAAUGAAAGUCACACCAGAGGUAAUAUAUGUGAAUGUGGGAAAGCCUUUAGCAAUGUCUUCAGCCUCAGACGACACAAGAUGACUCACAGUGAAGAGAAACCAUUUAAAUGUGAUGUAUGUGGGAAAGACUUUUUACAAAGAUCUGACCUUAGAAACCACAAUCGAAGGCACACUGGAGAAAAGCCUUAUAAGUGUCGUGAGUGUGGGAAAGCCUUCAGUCGGAGUUCUUACCUAAGACAGCAUGAGAGAAUCCAUCCUGGGGAGAAACUGUAUGAGUGUCAUCAGUGUGGGAAAGCCUUUAACCAAAGCUCUGGACUUAGCCAACACAAGAAAAUUCACAGGGGGGAGAAACCACAUGUAUGUUCCAUAUGUGGGAAGGCUUUCACUCAAAGUUCUGAGCUAACACGUCACAACAGAACACAUUCCAGAGAGAAACCAUAUGAAUGUGGUCAGUGUGGGAAUGCCUUCAGUCAACAUGAGAUUCACAAGGCCACAGCCGAGAGUGAAAGAGUGAAAGACGUGAAGCUCGUAGGCGGUAUGGCAGAUGGCUGGUCCUUACCCAGAUCGUUGGCCCUGCAGACCCUUAGUGGCCCAGAAAUGGAAGAAAUCACAGAGGGCCCCAGUAGCACUCAAGGCUCCCUCACCAGAAGAGGAGCAUCCCAGGGUGAAAUGCCAGGAAUAUUGGGCUUUUGGGCACAAGGCAAGCAGCCUCAGGUGUCCCAUGAAGCAAUGGAAUGCGACCCUGGCCCCCUACCCCUGCGCCCCCGUAAGAUGGAGAACCCGAAACCACGGACUCCCUGGGACCUGCAGAACCCAGGGCCCUAUAACGAGGCUGCUAGGAAGACUGAGCAGACUCGGCAUGAAGACCAGAGACAGGCUCUGAUCCAGAGAUUUCCCCAGAAAUCUUUAUCCCUGAUCCACCCAGUGGUGAUGGUGGAACUGGGGAGGGGAUGUCACCAGGAGCAAAUCUGGAAGAAAGAGACGGAACCCUGUGACUCUGUGAAGAGAGCGACGGCCAUUGAGUCAGCCAAGACUUGUUCCUUGGCCCCAGGCCUCCUGGUGGUGACUGUGGAGCUGGGGAGGGGACACCACCGGGUGUGCCUGUUUCUGGUGGACCAGAGCCCCCCUGCUGAGCUGUGUGUUCAGAUGGUGGGAAGCCCAGAACCAGUGACCUUCAAGGAUAUAGCUCUUGACUUCACCCAGGAAGAGUGGGCACUGCUGGGCACACCCCAGAGAAAGCUGUACAGAGAUGUGGUGCUGGAGAACAUCAGUGACCUGGUCUCCGUGGGUGUGUCUUAA